AUGGUUCAUUACUUGGACGUGAGAGGUGGCUGGGAUCUGAAGGCAUGCGAGUGCUGCUUCGACCGGGCAGUGAGCAGCCGCGCACAGUGCGCUCUCGACAUGGCCGACCUUAGUAGCUUUCGCCGUGAAAUGAAGAACUCGCUUUCUGAUUACGUCCCUGCUCAUCCACAUCCCCGUGCAUCCUGGUCCGAGCUCAAGUGGGAGAUGAGGUAUCCAGUGCGGGAGUCUGAACGCCUGCAGGGGAUGGCAGCGGUGGAGGAGCUGAAGAGGAAGGCAGCAUUCGCGCCUUUACAAUGCGGGCUGGAGAAGGCGCAUGCGAAGAGGAAGGAGGGAGCUGAAGGAAAUACUUUUCAGAAGACGCAAAAUAGGGAAAUUGAGAAGAGGGGAGUAGGUGAUGGCGGAAAGGGUACUGCAGGGGAGAAGAAAGGUGGCAGGGAUGGGAAGGAUGGGGAUUGGAAGAAGCAUUUGAAGGGGCGUGUGUGGGACAGGUAUGUGGAUGGCAUGGCUUGGAUUUUGGAGCGUGGAGGAGCGGAAUGGAGGCAGUUUGGGUGCAUCCACUGCCAGAUGGGCGGCGGCAGCGGUGGUGGCAGCGGUGGUGGCAGCGGCAGUAUUGAUGGGCUUGGCUGCCGGGGCAACAAGGAAGGCAGGAAUAUUCCCAAGGGCAUGUAUGUGAGUGGCGUGGGUGCCACUGACUUCGCCUUUACAGUCGCCACGUUGUUAUCUAUGCGGAGAUAA